CCAAUCUGCAUCCGCUUCACGACGGUGAUUUCUUCGACAACCAGAGGGACCGAGGGCUUGAUCCACAACCGGCACAAUGGCGAUCAAGCACAACCAGCAGAUUCCCAACAACCACUUCCGCAAGCACUGGCAGCGGCGUGUGCGGUGCCACUUCGACCAGCCCGGCAAGAAGGUCACCCGCCGUCUGGCCCGCCGUGCGAAGGCUGCUGCCGUUGCGCCCCGCCCGGUCGACAAGCUCCGCCCGAUUGUCCGAUGCCCCACCAUCAAGUACAACCGCCGGACACGCCUCGGCCGCGGCUUCACGCUGGCUGAGCUGAAGGCUGCCGGAAUCCCUAAGCUCUAUGCCCCUACCAUCGGUAUCGCGGUCGACUACCGCCGCCAGAACCUCUCCGAGGAGUCCCUUGCGGCCAACGUCCAGCGCCUGAAGGAGUACAAGGCCCGCCUCAUUGUCUUCCCCCGCAAGUCCAACAAGCCCAAGAAGGCCGAUACCCCGAAGGACCAGCAGACUGCCGAGACGACGCAGAGCAUCCGCGCCUCGUUCGGCGUCGAGCAGCCCGUUGCCCCUGCCUUCACCGAGAUCCCGAAGAGCGACCUCCCCAAGGGCGUCGAGGGCGGUGCGUACAAGGCGCUCCGGAAGGCGAGGUCGGACGCCCGCCUGGUGGGUGUCCGGGAGAAGCGGGCGCGGGAGAAGGCCGAGGCCGAGAGCGCCAAGAAAUAGAGGGCGUCUGGUCGGGCUGGUGGUGGCGACGGAUAGGAAGGGUCCCGGUGUUCGUUUGGCUGGUCUGGUCUGGGCUCGCUUUCUGCUUUUCCUGAUGAUCCGGGCGAGGAACAUGGUAUCCCUCCCCUAUGGCCGUGUAUUUUCGGGGGCUUGCUUCAGGAACGGGUUCAGAAAGUACGCACGCAUCAUAGGGAUUUGCUAGCGCAUCGCACAUGAAUGGACAGGAACAAGCAUGACCGACGGCCCAGCCAAGUGUGGGAGCUGAUAGGUGAUCUCGACGGGAUAUUAGCUGAUGCCCCGGCGGUGCUCGAUGACGGUCGGCCGGCUUUUGCCUGUCUCUAAUAACCAACAUAGGAAACCGGCAUCCAGCUC